GAUAGUUGUCUAGGAUAUGGGCUCGUGAAACCUGCUAUUGGUCAGCUUACUGAUGGUUCAAAGACAGCAGGCCUGCCACCCAAAUUUUCAUGGGUUAAUUUGAUGAAAGGUGACAAAGUGGCAUGUCAAGUGUAUGCUGUGUUCCAUCUUCAACAGGUUCAGCAGGUGUUUGGUGAUAUGUCUGGGACAAAAACCGUAGUGGCUGACAUCAAAGCCCCUGUAAAACAACACUACAGGCUAGAAGUCCUUUUGUGGGGUUACCGGAAUGUCACGUCGCCAGAUUGGAGAAUGCUAGCCAGGCGUGGUAUAAUAAUAAGAUUUGCUGGCCGUGAUAUUAAGCACACCUUUCUGCAACCACAAAUUUUGGAGAACUUUUCUAGCCAGGAUAUAAGAACAUUGGAUGUGGUUCUUCCACAAGACAAAUUUCCUGUGCUGCGCAUUACGUUGAAGGACAUGUACACGCUAUUUCUGUCGACGUUCCGGCAGCACACUGUCGAGAACAUGAAGGACUAUGAGGUCGUGCUGGUGUCCAGAGAACAGUAUGAAUCUGCCAUUCGUGGACCAUUCUUGUUCUCCGUCGUUCCAGAGUCAUUCUCCGUCGUUCCAGAGCCGGAGCCAGCUCUGGCUGCUAUGGCAGGUGUUCCUGCUGUGGAGACGGACACUGCAGUAGUGGAAGAAGAGCAGCCGAAAAGAGCUACCAGUCUCAAGCAGCUGUGCACGAGAGAGAGCGUUCUUUGUCUUCCUGUGAGACGCUUUCUCUCAGCUGUGGGCCGCAUCAGAGAGCGGAGGCAGCAGCUGACACCAGAUGAGAGGCAAGAUGAUCGUGAUUUUACGGAGAUAGAAGCUAGGUUCGAUUGGUGGACUAAGUACUUUGGGACGCUUGCCGCUAUGCAGGAGGCUUCUGGAUCUUUGCUACCUGGAACUGAGGAAGAACUUUUUGUGCAAUUGAAAUUGAAAAUGAUCAAAAUAUAUUUUGCAGAACUGGAAAAACAGCCCCAAUUCAAAGGGUUUUUUGAUUGUGUGCGGACGUUCCCACUGUUCCGAGAGGGUCACAUUAAUGGACAAUUCAAGGGGGGCCUGAAGCUCUACCAGUUGCCGGUGGAAGGCAUGCUCAUGCCCGACGGGUCCCUGCCCGGCACCGGCUACCCCUCCAACGAGCCCUUGGAGAUCGUGGUGCGGCUGUACGUGGUGCGCGGCAUCGGCCUGGCGAUCAGGGACGUCACCGGGGCGUCCGACCCGUACCUCGUCGUGAGCACCAGCUCUCGGGAGAACUUGGUCAACGACAGGGAGAACUACAUUCCUGCAACCUUGGACCCCAUCUUCGGGAGGAUGUUUGAGCUGGAGCUGUCUUUGCCAGAUGACUACCAGCUGAACAUUACAGUGAUGGACAGAGACAUAAAGUGGGAUGACCUCAUAGGCACGACCACCAUAGACAUCGAGAACCGCUACUACAGCAAGUUCCGAGCUACUCGGGGAAUUUCAAACAUAUACAAAGAGGAUGGCUACAGGAAGUGGCGGGACUGCGAUAAGCCCACGGCCAUUCUUGCCAGCUUGUGUGAAGGACACAACAUACCAGGUCCUGUGUACACUACGGACAACGUGAUUCUGGGCAGCUGGGACGGAGAAGUCGGCGGCGAACCAGAUCCCAUCAAGAAGGAAGAGUUGGCCCUGUCCGCUCUGAACCAGUGGGAAACCUUACCGUACGUGGGCUACCAACUGGUGCCAGAACACGUGGAGUCUCGCUUGCUGUACGAUCCUAACAGGGUUGGCGAAACUCAGGGCAUGUUGCAGUUGUGGGUGGACAUCUUUGACAAGACAGAAGAACUGCCUCCUCCAGUGAACAUCGUCCCCAGAUACCCUGACCCGUACGAGCUGAGAGUGACUGUGUGGGACACGCGGGAUGUGUUGCUACGUGAUUACAGCAUCCUAACAGGGCAGCGCAGCUCUGACAUUUACGUCCGUGGGUGGCUGUGUAGCGAAAAGAUUGUACAAGAAACAGAUAUUCACUACCGCUCCUUGACAGGUGAAGGAAAUUUCAAUUACAGACUAAUUUUCCGUUUUGACUUUUGGUCUGCGGAGGGAAAAAUAUCGCUUCCAGGUAAACAUGUGGAUGACACCAACAAGCAACCACACAAGCCAGCUACAAAGUGUCCGUGUGUUCUUAUUGUUGAAGUCUGGGAUAACAACCACCUCUAUCGUGAUGAAGAGAUAGGGAUCCUGAAGCUGAACCUGAUGCGGCUGCCCCAAGGGGCCAACACGAGCCGCAGCUGCACGCUGGAGACGCUGGGCCCCAAGACGCGCACCUCGGACCUGUUCAAGCAGAGGCGCACCCGUGGCUGGUGGCCCUUCCAAGCCGGCAGCGAGGAGGGCCCCAAGCUGACCGGCAAAAUUGACAUGGAACUGGAGCUGCUGACAAAAGAAGAUGCUGAAAAGUACCCAGCGGGUCACGGGAGGUCGGCACCCAAUCCUUUGGAUAAACCAAUGCGCCCAGAGACUUCUUUUGACUGGCUCAGACAUCCCCUGAAGGCUUUGUACUACAGCAUAUGGCUAGAGUAUCGAACAAAAGUACUGAAGUUGAUAAUAUAUGCAUUUAUUACAUACAUUGUUUUCAGGUUUGUGCUAACCCUGCCAGAUAUUAUUACAAAUACUAUCGCAAAGAAAGUUUCUGGAUGCUGAAAUUUCACUAGCAGGCCACCACUAAAUUACUUCCCUCUGAAAGUGUUUUAAAAUGGCUUAGUUUUUUUUGUCCUUUACAUGUUAUCUUCAUAUGUAAUACAAAUUAUGAUUACAGACUUGUCAAACUCACCAAAGAUUAAAUACUUAAAUAGAAAAAUAGAAUUCAUGGGAAAAUUACUAUCACAAUAUUGUUCUAAUACUAAAACAUGAAUAGAGUGCUAAAAUAAAAAUUUUUUAUUUUUAAAA